CAGCGAGUCUGCGCUCGAGUCCGCGCUCUUGGCACGCUUCUUCUCUCCGGCUUCGCUUCGGUUGUUGUUUUCUCGCUUCUGCGAAUUUUCGAAAUUCGAAAAUGUCAAAGAAGAGGGGUCUUUCUUUGGAAGAGAAGCGGGAGCAGAUUCUGCAGAUCUUUUAUGAUUCUCAGGACUUCUAUCUUCUUAAAGAGCUGGAGAAACUGGGUCCUAAGAAGGGUGUGAUCAGCCAAUCUGUGAAGGAUGUUGUACAAAGUCUAGUGGAUGAUGACCUUGUUUUAAAAGAUAAGAUAGGCACUUCUGUAUACUUUUGGAGUCUUCCUAGUUGUGCUGGGAACCAGCUGCGGAGUGCUCACUCUAAACUAGAAGCUGAUCUUUCGAACAGCAGGAAGCGUUUUGCUGAACUUAUCGAACAGAGGGACAGCUUGAAGAAAGGCAGAGAGGAAUCUGAUGAGCGAGAGGCUGCACUAGAAGAACUGAAGAUUAUCGAGCAGAAGCAUAAGAAGCUGAAGGAAGAACUGGCCAGUUAUGCUGAUAACGACCCAGCUGCUCUUGAAGCUAUGAGAAAUGCGACGGAUGUUGCUCAUUCAGCAGCCAACAGAUGGACAGACAACAUAUUUACGGUACAGCAGUGGUGUUCAUCCAACUUUCCACAAGCUAAAGAGCAACUAGAACACAUGUACAGGGAGGUGGGGAUAACAGAAGACUUGGAAUAUUUGGCAUGACCGUAGCGUUUACUGCUUUACUGGAAACAUUCCAGCUGUAAGUGUUAUGCAGAGAAUAUGUUGGAUUAAGUUUUUUUCCCAAGUAACCCUGCUAGAGAUAGACCAGCAGUAUAGACACAAAUUUUACCCUGUAAUGCUAAGAUAACUGCAAUCGUUUUUGUUUCA